AUGGACUCGAUGGACUCGAUUGAUGAUAAUCCAUUCGCAGAUAUGCAGAGAGAUAAUUUUGAGCAAUUUAAGUCAAUUUCUUUAGCGGAUGAUGACGGCGAUAAGGAAUCUUUAUCCGAUCGGAAGAGGAGUUUAUCGUUGCAGCAGCAGCAAUCUCAGCAGCGGGAGCAUCAGCAUCAGCAGCAGCAACAGCAAUCUCAACAGCACCAGCAAUCUAAAAAACCAUACGAUAUAUCCGUCUGUGAUCCUCAGAAGAUUGGAAACCCCACAAACUCAUACAUCCUCUACACUAUCAAAACUCACACCAAUAUCCCCACUUACAGACAGAGCUCUCUAACCGUCUUACGCCGUUACAGUGACUUUCUAUGGCUCUAUGAGAAUCUCUGCAAGAACAAUCCAGGCGUAUUCGUACCACCACCACCGUAUAAACAAUCUUACGGUCGAUUCAACUUGGACUUUAUCGAACAAAGACGCCAAUCAUUAGAAAAGUGCUUAAUUAAAAGCGCAAAUCACCCUCACUUAUCCAACGAUGAAGACCUCAAACUGUUUUUAGAGAGUGAUUCUUUUGCUUUAGAUGUAAAACAACGCCAACUUGAUAAAGCUGAAGGAAAAUCUGUACUUGCUUCUUGGAGUUCUUCUAUAAUAGGUCCCAAGUUCAUUGAAUCUGAUGAAUGGUUUGAUAUCGAAAAGCAACGAAUUGAGGGACUGGAAGUUCAACUCAAAGCUCUUGUCAAAUCUUUGCAAUUUCUUUCGGUUCAGCGCUACGAUUUGGCUUCUGCACUUGCUGAUCAUUCUGAAUCAUUACUCGAACUAUCCAAACAAUACACCAAUUCUGAAACUCUUACUAGGCUCUUUCAGAUACUGGCCGAUCUUUCAACCAAGUCUAAAGGUGGCGUAGACGAGCUUAUCAAGAGUGAUGCCUCAUCUUUCGCGGCUACUGUAGAAGAAUAUAUGCGUGUCAUUGCAUCCAUCAAGAACGCAUUUACCACAAGAAUCGACCUAUUUCAUGAUAUCAAAGCAGCUGAAAACUCGUAUAACAAAAAGAAAUCAACUUACGAAAAACAGAAAUCUGUCGGUCAAAUUCACCAGUACAAUAUCGCCUACUCACUCAAAGACCUUGCUAUGAGUGAACACUCGGCACACGAAUCUUCGCGUCAAUUUGAAAGAGUGAGCCUUUUGAUUAAAGAUGAAAUGUCGUCGUUCGAUAAAUUGCGCAUGGAAGAUUUCAAAUCCAGUCUAAAGGAUCUGGUAGCUACGUUGCUCAAAUCACAAACAAGUAUCCACGAAGGCUGGGUCAACUACGAACGAGAGCUAAAAGCCUUUUAUGAAUAA